AUGUCUGCUGUCGACACCGCCAAACGCCCCACCGGCUACAUGUCCGACUCUGACGACGGCCACCAGUCCACAGGCGGCCGCAAAGUCACCAGCACCGCUGGCUCGAACCUCCCGCCCUCGUCCGCCAACCUCAACCGGCCCGCGGGCAACAUCGUCAAGGGCCCCGUCGACGACGACGGCAAGCUGAAAGACGCCGCGCUCCUGCUGGGCAUCAAGCUCGACCUCGAGGCCGAGAUCCACCUCACGGCGAGGAUCCGCGGUGACAUCACCAUCGGACUGUACUAG